UCAGAAGAUCAAAAUAAUCGUCAUUAAUUCCAUUGCUCUUUUUUUUGACUGCCGCCAUUUUCUUCUGCCUGGAACGAGAACCAUUUGAAUUGGGGGUCUCGUCUUCUGUGGGCAUGCCCUAUUUAUCAUUAAUGCUCUAUCAAUCGUAGUGCUUUCAACUGCCAUUCCAAAAUCAUGACGACCGUCGCCCAAAUUCAGACGGAGACAUUGGUUUCCCAAAUCUACCCUCUCAAGGGAAGCCAUAUUGAAGUCGAAGAAGUUUCAAGCCCAGACUUGUCACAGAUCCCUCUGCCGCCUCCUUCAAAAAACCCAAGCGAGAUCUUGGGAGUAGACCAGGGAACACCAGACAACCAUGUGCCCCGUGAUCCUCGAUUGAUCAGAUUGACUGGUGUUCAUCCAUUCAACGUCGAGGCCCCACUCACAGCUCUUUACAAUGAAGGUACGCGUAAAGGUUUCUUGACAUCACCGGAGCUCUUUUAUGUUCGAAACCAUGGACCAGUACCCCAAGUUCACGACGCGGACAUUCCCAACUGGGAGAUUAGUAUUGAAGGACUGGUCGAGAAACCGAUUGUCCUCAAUUUCCGACAAAUAUUGCAGCAAUAUGAUCAAAUAACAGCUCCCAUAACUCUCGUAUGUGCCGGGAAUAGGCGGAAAGAACAAAAUACGGUCCGAAAAUCAAAAGGGUUUUCAUGGGGUCCAGCCGGUCUAUCAACGGCACUCUUCACUGGCCCCAUGAUGGCGGAUAUUCUGAGAAGUGCGAAGCCUCUUCGCAGAGCUAAGUUCCUCUGUAUGGAAGGUGCUGAUAAACUGCCUAACGGGUACUAUGGAACGUCCAUCAAACUGAACUGGGCCAUGGACCCCAACAGAGGAAUCAUGCUUGCUCACAAGAUGAAUGGCGAAUCCCUUCGUCCAGACCAUGGGCGUCCAUUGAGAGCUGUUGUACCUGGUCAGAUCGGAGGGCGAAGUGUUAAGUGGCUGAAAAGGUUGAUCGUGACCGACACACCAAGCGACAACUGGUACCAUAUCUAUGAUAACCGUGUGCUACCAACUACGGUCACCCCAGAUAUGGCAUCAAAAGAGCCACAUUGGUGGCGGGACGAGCGAUAUGCCAUCUAUGACCUCAACACGAAUUCCGCUGCCGCAUAUCCCCAACACAACGAAGAGUUAGACCUUGCCUCAACCGGGCUUACAUAUACUGCCAAAGGGUAUGCGUAUGCCGGUGGUGGUAAGAGAGUUACAAGAGUUGAAAUUUCCCUGGAUAAAGGCAAAUCCUGGCGCUUGGCCGACAUAGAAUAUGCAGAGGACAAGUAUCGAGACUUCGAAGGCGACCUAUUCGGCGGCAAGGUUGACAUGUACUGGCGCGAAAACUGUUUCUGCUGGUGCUUUUGGUCCUUGAACAUCCCGACAUCCGACCUUGAGAACAGCGACGCUUUACUUGUCAGAGCAAUGGACGAGUCUUUAAUGGUCCAGCCGCGUGAUAUGUAUUGGUCAGUUUUGGGUAUGAUGAACAACCCAUGGUUCCGAGUGACCAUCACAAAGGAAAACGGAAUCCUGAAAUUUGAACACCCGACCGACCCUGCGAAGGCUGGAGGCUGGAUGGAACGUGUCAAGAAAGCAGGGGGCGAUUUGUUAAAUGGAAACUGGGGAGAGAGAAACCAAGGCGAAGAACCAACAGAGCCGAAACCCGUGCAAGAGAUCAACAUGAAGAAAGAAGGGCUUAACAGGGAAGUGAACCUACAAGAAUUCAAGAGCCACACCAGUAAGGGUGAGCCUUGGUUCAUUGUGAACCGUGAAGUAUAUGACGGCAAAGGGUUCCUUGAAGGUCAUCCUGGUGGUGCCCAAAGUAUCAUUUCAUCAGCUGGCUUGGAUGUCUCGGAGGAGUUCCUUGCCAUUCAUAGCGAAACGGCAAAAGCGAUGAUGCCCGAAUACCAUAUCGGUACAAUGGAUAAAGCUUCCCUAGAAGCCCUCAAGAACGACGUUGGAGAGACAUCAGACGAACCGCGCCCGGAGUUCCUACAAUCACGAGCAUGGACAAAAGCGACACUCACGGCUAGAAAGGACGUAUCUUGGGACACCCGCAUUUUCACUUUCCAAUUGGAGCAUGAGACACAGAAAUUGGGCUUGCCUAUCGGUCAGCACCUCAUGAUUAAAGUCGCAGAUCCAUCAACCAAGGAAGCCAUCAUCCGAUCCUACACCCCCAUGUCGGAUACCAAACUAGAGGGAACGAUGGAGCUGCUUAUCAAGGUUUACUUCGACACACCUACCAUCCCAGGCGGUAAAAUGACAAUGGCCCUCGAAAAACUUCCAUUGGGAUCAGUGAUUGAUUGCAAAGGUCCCACGGGCAGAUUUGAAUACCUUGGAAAUGGCAGGGUGUCGAUUAGUGGCAAGGAGCGCCACGUUCGCUCAUUCAAAAUGAUCUGUGGAGGAACUGGAAUUACACCAGUCUUCCAAGUCCUGCGUGCUAUUAUGGAGGUCCCAGAAGACCCUACGCCAUGCGUCGUUUUGGACGGGAACAGACAAGAGGAGGAUAUCUUAGCUCGGUCUGAACUCGACGCGUUCGAGGCUUUGGAUAGCCAGAAGUGCAAAGUUAUACAUACACUAAGCAAAGCAUCAGACAGCUGGACGGGCCGUCGAGGACGUAUCUCCGAGGGGCUUCUGAAGGAGUAUGCGCCAGCCGACGCUGAGAGCAUGGUCCUCGUCUGCGGACCAGAGGCCAUGGAGAAGUCUGCCCGAAAAAUACUUCUGGAGCAGGGUUGGGCAGAGUCGAACCUUCAUUUCUUCUAGCAUCAUGUCAUCACGAUUGCGCAUGAAUUUUUGUCAUUGGGUAAUAGAAACUGGCGUUUCAGGCUGUGCACAGGGUUCUUGGUAUGGGAUUUGAGAAGGUAAAUGUUACGAUUUCAUGUCUGUAGAAAUUGAAUUUAAUGCCCCACAUAUCAUUUACGUCCAGAUGUAGUUC